AGAAUGGAAAGAGCUUGCCAAAGAGCAGGCUCUUGAGAGAAAUGAGCAGGCGGAGGCUUGUCGAGAGCAGUCGCAGACUUUCCGUUGCCAACUUUCGAUUUGCAGGAACCAGCAGGAACUCUAUUCGGCCCGAUGACUUCCGAUCAGGUAAUUUCUUCCCACCAUGUUCGCACGUUUUUAUCGCUCACCUCACAGAGAAUAUACCUCUCACACUUGCAGAUGCACCAUUCCAUGACCCACAGACGGAAUUCUCCUGUGUUCCUGCGAUGGUGUCGGCUUUCGUACCCAUUGGCUCUUAUUCAUGACAGCAUCAUCAGUGUUGAGUCGAAGGCAUACUGUCCCUGCCGCACUGGACCCUGCCCCGGCAACACAGUUGAUCAGGACGUUCCCGCUGUGUCUCCGGCGGAGAAGUCUGCCAUAGUUCAGAUCCUCCUGUCGUUCUGCCACCCAGGCGCGUUACCAUCCAAGUUUUUCCCUAUCCAGGAUGUGCUUCAAGUUGACGUUUUACGACGCGCGCAUUUCCUUCGAGCGUGUAAUUCAUUUGAACCGCUCUGGUUGUCAUCCAGGACCCGAGAAAUGAACGAUCACGAAUACUCACUCCGCGAUACGAAUAUGUACGGACAUAUCGGUCGGUUUCCAUUAGGCGAAUAGAAAGUUAGAAGCCGGAUCAAUGCCAGAGAAGCAUGAAGUGGGUGAUCAAUGAAGGUAGUGUAUAAACGAAUGUUGUAUGGUAGCAAGAAAAGAAUGAGACAGUGCAAGACUAUGCU